CUUUUCUGAGUGUCUCCUACUUGCGACAAGGUGGACUUGGGAGGAAAGCCAUCUGCCAAAGCCUGAAGCCUCCAAGCUAUAAACAACCCCAAAUGGCCUCCCACAAAGUUGAUAAUGCAGCGCUGGGGUCAGCCUCUGCCCAUGGUACCCCAGGCAGUGAGGCUGGACCAGACGAGCUGAAUAAUUCGGUCUACCAGCGCAUCGAUGGAUCACAAGAUUAUCAGAAAGGAAAAUUACAAGUUCUUGGGGCCAUCCAGAUCCUGAAUGCAGCAAUGAUUCUGGCUUUGGGUGUCUUUCUGGGUUCCUUGCAAUACCUGUUCCACCUCCAAAAGCACUUCUUUUUCUUCACCUUCCACACAGGCUACCCAAUUUGGGGUGCUGUGUUUUUCUGUAGUUCAGGAACUUUGUCUGUUGUAGCAGGGAGAAAGCCCACAAGAACAUGGAUACAGAACAGUUUUGGACUGAACAUUGCCAGUGCUACAAUUGCACUAGUUGGGGUUGCUUUUCUCUCAGUAAAUUUAGCAGUUAAUAUCCAGUCAUUAAGGAGUUGUCAGUUUUCAAAGUCACCGGACCUAUGCAAUUACAUGGGCUCCAUAUCAAAUGGCAUGGUGUCUCUACUGCUGAUUCUCACCUCGCUGGAAUUAUGCGUAACCAUCUCUGCCAUAGCCAUGUGGUGCAAGGCAAACUGCUGUAAUUCAAGAGAGGAAAUUUCCUCACCUCCCAAUCCUGUGAGAUAAAGAAUACCUCCUUAUGAAAAUAAUUCUGAGAGCAUGAAUAUUUGACCUUAAAUCUCCAGUGACUCAGAGCUUCACCGACAAACUCAGGAGAACAUGAGCCUCUUUGUAAAGCUCAAUCCUUCUAUCAUGGCACCAAUCACAAGAACCUUGGACGUUUGACUGACUCUAUCCUUUCUCUCUUAACUAUAAAUCCUAUUUGUGUGUUGUGGGUAUGGAAGGACAGAUAUAUUUCUUUAGGCAUUCUUGGAUAUUUGUAACUUCUAUGAUCAUUACUCUAAAGUUAUUUCCAGAAAUUGGUUCUAUUUCUUCUUACCCACCUACUCCAUUGCUUUAUGAGGUUUAAGGAAGGAAGGCAGUAUAAUCCCUAUUCAAUAUAUUUUUUCUAAAAUCCAACUUCUGACCACCCAGUAGGAAGAAAAAUGAGACAUUUUUUCCAUUACAGAGAAAUGCUUCUUGACUUUAACUAACAUCAGCAUUAUAAAAAGUGUCAAAUAAAAAAUUACCAUCAUUGUCGUUAAAAUAAAUUUUCACCGUAUUUGAGAUGGGAAGAUUAAGGCUCAGGGAUUUUAUUUCAGUGAACUGCUGGAACUCACACAUGCCCUGAUACGUAAAUGAUGAUUUAUGUUGGUGAGUCUGAGAGCAAGCCCAAAUGUGUUCUUCAAAGGACAAUGGGAAACUGUAAAGUAGAGAAUUAAAGAAUAAGGCCUUCAGAAUCUGAUACAUCUGGGUUCAAAUUCUGAAACUGUCACUUAUGACCUGUAUGAACAUGGGCAAGUUAUCUAAUCUCUCUGACCUGUUCUUCCUCAUCUGUAAAAUAGGUGUAAUAAUAACAACUACUUUGUCAGUUGCUCUGAGGGUUAAAUGAAAAUAAAAAGAAAAUGUGAAACAGCACCAUAGGUACUUGAUAAUGAUGUUGCUGUUGUUGUUGGUCUUGCUGUUGCUGAUGAAAGCUAAGGUGGGAUUGUGGUCAGAUGUGCUGGAGAGAUACAGUGGAAACCUUAUUUACAGUUCCAUUGUGGCUCCUCGUAUAACCUCCAACAACUCCAAUAGCCAUCUUUUCAAGGUGGCAAUGUGGUGUGAAAACUUCCCUCAGUUCCUCAUUUAUAAAUCUGCUAAAGCACUUAUAUUUCUUAUUCAUAAAUAUUCAAGAUAAAUAAAAUGUAUGAAUAAGAAAUAUAGGCACUUAUUGUAUCCAUAAAUUUAUACCCAUAAUUUUAUCUUAGCUACUUGUAUAUCGUAUGUGCAAAGGUCAUUUUCUACCACUUGUUGCCUACUUAUAUAAUAAUUAUUUCUUUAUUUUUUAAUCCAUUCUGCAGUGGGAUAAUUAAGGAAUCAGACAGACUGAGGGGUUGAGGAGGAAUUAUUUAAUUAUUUAGGUGCACUGACCCAGUCGGAUUAACAUCCAAAGGACUGAGCCCCGAACAAAGAGUCCAGUUACAUUUUAAGCAUUUUGUAGGGCAGGGGAAGAUCUGUGCAGGGGGAAGCAUAUUACAGAAGUGAGAAACAAAGACAGUUAUUCAAUUAAGACAUGUAUUACAUUAUUUCUUAUUUUUUCAAGGAAAAACAUGUUUUACGACUUGAGUUUAUCUGCCUAGUGACCUUGCAGCUGCACAGCUAGAGAAACAGCGUCUUCACAAUGCCUGGGAAAGGGAGAGAUAAGGCUCACUAGCCACAGAAAAACAGGCAGUUAAUUUUAAAGGACUCCAGCUGUUUCUCUUCUUCAGGGGGAAUUGGGUUUUCUUACAUACAACUGAGCUUUUGCUUACACAUUCUUUAAUUUCUUUUAAUUCCUGUUCUAAUUCAACAAUCAUUUAGGGAGUGCCUACUGUGUGUCAUGUAUUGUGAUAAGAGCUUGGCAUAUAAUAGAGAAUGAUGCAUAAUCUCUGCUCUUAAGUUGCUUGUAGUGGGAGAUACAGACCCCUAGAAACACACAAGGGCUCUGAUAGGAAGAGUAUAGGAAUCUUGAGAAGCAUGUAGGAUGAGCUUCUAACCCAGAUUAGAAGACAUGUCAGUGAUAAUUUUUUAGAACACUUUUCUUCUCAACUUAGCUCUUAAAGAUAACUGAGCAUUAACAUGAUGGAAGGCAAAUGGAAGAAAAGAGGAUACAUUCAAAAGCCUUUAAGUUAGAAAAAAUUUUGAAUAUUCAAAUAAACUAGAGACUUUAGUGGGUCUAACUUCAGUGUAUAAUGGGCAGAUAGAAAAAUAAAAGUUUGGAGAGAGGUGUACAUCACAAGAGAUUAUAAAAUGACAACCCCGUGAGUUUUAAGAAGCAAUUGAAAAUGUAUGCAGGUUCUGGGCACGGUGGCUCACACCUGUGAUCCCAGCACUUUGGGAGGCCGAGAUGGGUGGAUCACUUGAGGUCAGGAGUUUGAGACCAGCUUGGCCAACAUGGUGAAAUCCCAUCUCUACUAAAAAUACACACAUUGGUCAUGUGUAGUGGCACGUGCCUGUAAUCCCAGCUACUCAGGAGGCUGAGGCAGGAGAAUCGCUUGAACCUGAGAGGCAGAGGUUGCAGUGAACUGAGAUUGCGCCACUGCACUCCAGCCUUGGCAACAGAGUGAGACUCCAUCUAAAAAAAAAAAAAAAAAAAAAAAAAAAAAAAAAAAAAUUUACAAAGGAAUGUCCUGAGACUGGCUUAUAUUGGUCUGUGGAAGUCAAUUUUAAAUUUUCAGGGAGCACAGGUCAACAUAGUUUGGGUAGCUUGAAGUUAGCUCUGAUGGGAGAAUUUACACCACAGAGAUGGGGAAAAACCACAAGUUUUAGCAUUCAUGUGUAGAUUUUGCCUGCAGCACAUACUAUUGUGUUGUUCAAAGGGUGAUUUUGUUUCCCUCAUUUCUCCUUUAUUUAUCAUUUAAAUGUUUCAGUAAGGAAGAUUUGUCUCUUCUCUCAUUUGUUUAUUAAAGUAUUUAUAUUGUUAUGUACUCAUGAAUAUUUAUAUUAUUCUUUUGGUUAUGAGCAAUAUUUAUUUUGUUUCUCAGAGUUUUCCAGCUUUGGCCAUUGGGAGCUGAGUUGGCUCCUGUGUACUUUUGACAUGCUCCACCCCACCCUCCCCUUUUUAGAACUUUCAUAUUUUCUGGAACUACAAGAUUCUUCAUGUUAUUUUACCUGCUACAGACCUAGAAUUUUCAUUUCUUCGGGGAGCCCUGGUUUCUUUAUUUAGAGAACUAUGUUUAGAAAACCUGACCUGGAGGCAAGAUAUGCUCAUUGCUACUGUAUGUCACUGCUUUUAGGCCCUCUCAGGGGACAAAGCUAAGAAAUAUAUGCAUGUACAUGCAUGCACAUGUCUAUAUUUAUUAUCAUAUGUAUGUAUGUAUCUAUCCAUCUGUCUCUCUCCAUCACGAAUUCCUACUGAUAAAUUCCACUCAAAUAUGGCCACGCAGGGUCCAUUCUAGCAACCUCUCAACCUUGCUUAUUUAUAACCUGUUUUCUGAAUAUAAUAAAUCUGGCAACAAUUUCCACAAUUUAUUUCCUUACCUGUUUAACGUUAGUAUACAUGUAAAUUCAUUUCAGAAUUGCUAACCAGUAUUUUUGUGAGAAAUAAAUUUACCACCUAGAGUA